AUGUCUUCUAUGGCGGUGAUCAUCUCCCACCCCGCCGCAAGCGUGGUCAAGAUCACGUUGAAUCGACCCCAGCGCCUAAACGCACUUAACGCUGAGCUUCUCUGUCAUUUAACUGAUGCACUGCGCGCUCAUGCAGACGCUCAUGUCAUCAUUCUAGAAGGCGCGGGGGACCGCGCAUUCUGCGCUGGCGAGGAUCUCAAGGAAACCCUCGCCCCCCGUACGGGAUCUGCAGAGGAACUCCGCAUCGCCUUCGGUCUACUACAGGAUAUCACACGACUGACCUCUUCAUCGUCAGCCAUCGUGGUGGCUGCCGUACACGGAUACGCGGUGGGCGGCGGAGCAGAGAUUGCCCUGGCCGCAGACUUCGUCGUGGGUGGCCCCAAUGCGAAGUUCAGAUUUCCCGAAGUGACGCUGGGUCAUGCCGUGACAGGUGGAAUUUCGCUGCGGCUAUCCCACAUGGUGGGCAUGCUGAAAGCCAAAGAGCUUCUCAUCCGUGGUCGAACUAUAGGAGCCCAGGAGGCGCUAGGGAUCGGUCUACUCACUGAGAUCGCCGAAGACCCGAAAGGACGUGCUGAAGAGCUGGCGUUGGAAAUUGCGCAGCUACCAAAAGCAGCGUCGUCUAGCCUCAAAAUGUCCCUCGAGCGAGGUGUUUUCCCAAACAUGGAAUCGACUCUACAUGAUGAGGUGAACACCGCCAGUUACUGUUUUGCUCGGAAGGAGGCAGCCGACGCUUUCGAAAAUUUCGCUCACCGAAAGCAAACAAAGCCAAAGAUUCGCGAUAUCAAUACUGCGAUGAAGACAGCUGUCAGAAAAUACCCUACCAAAGUGUUCAUUCGCUGUCAGGGCCUAGAUGUUACUUUUCAAGACUUUGAUCGCAGCGUGGCCGCCCUCGCUAGUGGACUGCGCAGAGCGGGAGUUCAAACGGGCGACCGAGUGCUCGUCAUGAUGAAGAAUAGUGUCGAGAUGGUUCAUACCUGGAUGGCUACCAACCGGCUAGGCGCCGUGUGGGUUCCGGUCAACACCGAUUGGCGGUCGUUGACGUUGAAAAAUGCUGUCGCUGCAGCAGAUGCGACACUGGUAAUUGUGGAUAACCAAUUUGUUGACCUAGUUGAAGCGUCUGGUGUAAUCAAGAGCGACUCUAUCUGGAUCCUUGGGAGUGGCAGUGCCCAGGACCUUUCCAAGCUCUACCUCAGCGAAGAACCCCUUGAGGAAUCCUUCGCUGCGACACCGGCUACUACCUCUGCGUUCUUGUAUACUAGCGGAACGACAGGCAAAUCCAAGCCAUGUAUACUCUCGCACGAAUACUUCAUUAUCCAGGCCACGCUCUUGAUGGAAAGCUGCAAGCUCCGGACAGAGGAUGUGCUCUACUGUCCAUUCCCAUUAUUCCACGCAGAUGCAACUGCACUUACCGUUAUUCCCAGCAUUCUCCUUGGUGCUACCGCCGCUCUGUCUCCCAGAUUUGCGGCAAGUCGAUUCUGGGACGAGAUCCGGGAGACCAAGGCAACAGUGUAUGAUUUCAUGGGGGCGACUCUAGCCCUGAUCUACAAGCAGCCCCCGAGCCCACUGGAUCGGGAGCAUGGAGUUCGACUCGCCUGGGGCGUUCCAAUUCCAGCGUUUGCUGACGAUUAUGAGCGGCGAUUCGGCCAUCCACUUCGUACCUUGUAUGGUAGUGUGGAGGCUAGCAUCCCUAUUGUGCAAGAAGGCCCUCUUGUUCCAGGAUCAUGUGGCAUCUUGCGCCCAGGGUACCAACUCCGCAUCGCCGACCAGGAAGACGAGUCACUGCCCCCUAAUACUCCGGGUCAGUUGUUGCUGCGCAGUGAAAACCCGAAUGCCUUCUUCCAGGGCUAUUUUAAUGACCCAGCAAAUACGGUCAAAACGUAUGCCAAUAUGUGGUUGCACACAGGUGACAUCGCGAAGGUGGAUGAACGCGGCAAUGUCUACUUUGUUGGCCGUAUCAAAGACAUUAUUCGACGGCGAGGGGAAAAUAUCAAUGCUCUAGAGGUGGAAGAGGAGCUUCUGCAGCAUCCCGAUGUCGUCAUCGUCGCUGCGUUUGCGAUUCCCAGCGAGCUGGGAGCGGGAACUGAAGAUGAUCUGAAGGUCGCGGUGAAGCUGCGCAAUAAGAGUACAAUUGAUGAGCACGCCUUAUGGCAAUGGUCGCAGCAGCAUAUGGCACGGCACCAGGUACCUACGGUGAUUGAGAUCGUGGAAGAACUGAAACAAACGCCAACUGGGAAGAUCGAGAAAGGCUCGCUGACGACAGAGGGCGGCAAAAGGUUUACAACGCGUCCCGCAAGACUCUAG